AUGGCAUCCCGUCAAAACCCCACGCUUUCCCCUUCUUCAACAGCUCGCGACCGUCUCUCCUCCAUCUCAUCACACAUCAUGGGUCCCUCCAAUCCCUCCGUCUUCACCACCGCUACCGUGGCUGCCGCCCCCGAAGAUCCUCUCUUUGGCCUGAUGAAGGCUUAUCGAGAGGAUCCCUCGGACAAGAAGGUUGAUCUAGGUAUCGGUGCCUACCGUGACAAUAAUGCGAAGCCUUGGGUUUUGCCCGUCGUCAAGAAGGCCGAUGACGCAAUCCACAAUGAUCCCAGUCUCAACCACGAAUACCUCUCCAUUGGCGGUUUGCCCGACCUCACAUCCGCAGCUCAGAAGCUCAUCGUCGGUGCUGAUAGCCCCGCCAUCCAAGAAAAGCGGAUCUGCACUCUCCAAACAAUCUCCGGAACUGGUGCCGUCCACCUUGGUGGCCUUUUCCUCUCCAAAUUCCACCCUCAAAAGCCUACAAUCUACCUCUCCAACCCAACAUGGGCUAACCACCACCAAAUCUUCUCCAAUGUCGGCCUCAACAUUGCAACCUACCCUUACUUCUCCACAAAGACCAAAGGCCUCGACUUCGAUGGCAUGAUGUCAACCAUCCAAUCCGCCCCAACAGGCUCCGUCAUCCUCCUCCACGCCUGCGCCCACAACCCCACAGGUGUUGACCCAACCCAAGACCAAUGGCGCCAAAUCGCCGCCGCCAUGCGCGCCCGCUCGCACUUCCCCUUCUUCGACACCGCCUACCAGGGCUUUGCAUCCGGUGACCUCGUUCGUGACGCAUGGUCAAUCCGGUACUUUGUCGAGCAGGGCUUCGAGCUCUGCGUUGCGCAGAGCUUCGCCAAGAACUUUGGUCUGUACGGUGAGCGGACGGGUGCGUUCCAUUUCGUUUCGGCGCCCGGUACCGACGCCGCGGCCGGCACCGCGCAUGUGGCUAGUCAAUUGGCUAUUUUGCAGCGGUCGGAGAUCUCCAAUCCGCCUGCUUAUGGCGCGCGGAUUGCCAGUCGGGUUUUGAAUGAUCCUGUGCUCUUCAAGGAGUGGGAGGAUGAUUUGAGGACCAUGAGCGGCCGCAUUUUGGAGAUGAGGGCUGGUUUGAAGGAGAGAUUAGAGAAGAAGGGGACGCCGGGAUCUUGGGAGCAUAUUACCUCGCAGAUUGGAAUGUUCUCGUUUACUGGGUUGAGCGAGAAGCAGGUCCAGACUUUGCGGUCCAAGUGGCACGUUUAUAUGACUAAGAAUGGUCGUAUUUCCAUGGCUGGUUUGAACACACAUAACAUUGAUUACUUCGCUGAAGCGGUUGAUAGUGUUGUGCGUGAGAGUCUGUAG